CGGCGGGAGUUCCUGAGCGAGGAAUCCCGACCGCUCUUAAGGUCGCUCCUUAAGGCCGCCCCUUAAGGCCGCCCCUUAAACGGCAACUCGCUCCUGGUGCCACAGUUCCCUCGCGAGGCCCGUGUCGGCCAGACCCUUCGACCGCACUGCACAAGCAGUUUAAAUCCAGCUUUCGUUCGCACCAGAGAAAUUGAUGCAAAGAGCUAACACAACAAUUGGCUCUGCAGAAACCUCAUAAUGGCGGCGUCCGAAAGAACUCACGCCCUCGUCUCUGGCCUUUGCCUCCUCCUGCUGGUGCAGCAAGCGAUGUCCCACACCUGGGGGCACCAUCGGCCGAGCUACCGUAAGCUGUACGGCGGGUACGGCAGCUACGGAAGGCGAGGCGGCGGAUACGGCAGCCACGGGAGGCAAGACGGCGGGUACGGCAGCUCCGCGCCAGCGUUUCCGUCUGCGCAUCGUGACGCGGCGCCGAGAGAGCGCGAUCAGGGAAGCGAAGGACUUGGCCACGGGGCGGUGGUCAUCCCGACGUCCCCGACGAACGAAGGAGUGUUGGGAGCUCCUCCCGUGGCGACGGACGGAGGAAAGGGCCACGUCCACCUGGUAGGCGGCAUCGAAGGGCUGGCCGGAGCAGAAGACCUGAUUCCCAGCGCGGGAUUCCCAGGCGAGGGCCCCUUGGCCGCCGCCCCUGGGCUCGGCCAAGGAGUCCGCGUCAGUGACAUCGAUCUGAGGGGCGGCGCCGCGGGGGCAGAAUGAAGGCUGCGAUCCCUUGUACAAAGCAACGCUUCGAGGACAAAGCAAAGCGAAACCAACACGAUUUGUCAGUCUCAUUAAAUAUUUUCAUAACAGUGAUCUACUUAA